AAAAAAACAAACCCUAAAACAAUUUAAAAUUUUAAAUUAAAAAAGCCAUUUUUCUGCUCCAUUAUAUAAAUAAAACCCAAACUUAGCAACUUCAAUCACUUCAUCUUCUCCUUCAUUCUACCACGUCAUAUCACAAAUAAAAUUUAAAAAAUAUGCAGCAAUUUUCAGAUGAUUUUGAUUUUGCAAACAAUACUACCUCAUCGGAAAUGGAAAUAUAUCGGUAUUCAGCGGCCGCUGGAGGUGGCGUUAACGAUGUCGUAAAUUGGCCGGCGGCGGCGAAUUAUAACAAUAAUUACAGUAGCAGUGGAAGCUGUGGCGCGUCGUUUUACACUGGAUUAUUGAAUGAUACGACGACAGCGACGGAGGCGAAGGCGUUAGCUGCGUCAAGGAUUCAUCAUAAGGAAGCUGAGAAAAGGAGGAGAGAGAGGAUUAAUUCUCACCUUGAUCGUCUUCGUUCUAUUCUUCCCUGCACCUCCAAAACAGACAAAGCAACGCUCCUUUCCAAGGUGGUUCAGCGAGUGUUGGAGCUAAAACGGCAAACCUCGGAGCUUAAUGAGCUAGACAACUUGAUGAUACCUUCUGAAAAUGACGAGUUUGCUGUCUACAUUCAUAAUAAUAAUGAUAAUAAUAGUAAUAAUCAAUUCGAUAUUGAAGAUGGUGACAGUAACAAUAAUAAUCAUAAGCUGAUUUUGAAAGCUUCAUUGUGUUGUGAAGAUAGGCCUGAUCUCUUUGCUGAUCUUAAUGGGGUGUUGAGUUCUUUGAAUUUGAAGACUCUUCGGGCAGAGGUUUCAUCCCUUGGCGGUCGGAUUCAGAGUGUUUUCAUUGUUAGUGCGGAUAAUAAUAGUGUUCAAAGUGAUGAUUGUGCCGUGUUCCUGAGGGAUGCAUUGAAGGGGAUUGUUCAACGGUCUGGUUCUGGGUCGGAUGAACGGUUGAAACGUAGGCGUAGGGUGUUUGAUUCGGUUGCUGAUUGCUAACUUAAUUUUAACUAGCAGGGAUCUUGUUUUUGAUGAUAAUGCUAGCUUCGUUGGUUAAAGUCGUGGCGUCCUGUGGGGGGGUGUAUAUGUAUUAUGUAAUACGUAAUAUGUGCAUGUUUUUAUCGUGUGUAUGUGGGGGGCUUGGUUUGGGAUUUGUUGUACAAGUUUAAAGUUUGUAUCCAUUUCUGUGUUUCUUCGUUGUUGUUUGGUUUGGGAGGGGUGUAACUGUAUAAGCCUAUAAGAUGAAGUACGGAGUAUAAGAUUAUUGUAAACAGUUUGAAGCAAGGGCAAGCAUUUCUUGUGCUCUAAGCGCUUCGUUUACUUUAUUUAUCAACUCCGACGUUAUAAAUAUGUUUCAAUGCAAUAUUGAUGUUGAAGGUUA